UUUUUUUGAUAUAAACCCACUGUCUGUCAACUCGGAGGAAAGUUGAAGACACUUCUUUUCUUCAUCGCAGCUUCAUCUCAUCCAUCAUUGCCCUCGCAACACCCUGAAAACAAUCUCAACACACUUCAAGUCAAGUCCAACAUCGCUCCACACUCGAGUUCCUACCACCAGCAGCUCUCAACUCUCAACCACAAUGUCCACCUCCUCCACCACCCCCCAACCCAACAAAUCAGUCCUCUUCAUCUCCGCCACAGGCGGUAUUGCCCUCGCAACCCUUCGCAGGUGUCUCGCCUCUUCCAACUCUUCCAACCAGCCAAACCAGCCAAACCAUGCCUCCCUCACCAUAACUGUCCUAGCCCGCUCUCCCUCCCGCCUCCAGUCCCUCCUCACACCAACCGAGCUCUCCUCCCCUUCGCUACGCAUCAUCCAAGGCAACGCCCACUCCUCUUCCGACCUCGUUCCGGUUCUCACCCAUCCUUCCGACCCAACGACGCUGGUCGAUAUGGUGAUUACUUCCAUCGGCGGCAAGCCCGAUCUGAAGAAGAUGGGGGUUGAUGACCCGCACGUCUGCGAAACCGGUGCCCGUGCGCUGCUUUCCGCGCUGGACCAAGUACGGGCUUCCCUUUCUGCUUCCGGUUUCGGUUCGGCUUCAGCUUCAACUUCCGGUCCACCUUCCGGUCUACCUUCCGGCUCAGCUUCCGGCUCAGGUUCUGGGAUGGGGAAGAAGCCCUACAUCAUAGCCCUCAGCGCCGCCGGCGCCAGCACCGUCCACAGGGAUUACCCCCUCCCUCUCUACCCCGUUUAUGCCCUCCUUCUCAAGACACCGCUGAAGGACAAGAGGGCUAUGGAGAACGUUCUUGUAGACUCUAAAAAGGAGAGAUGGACGGUCAUUAGGCCUAGUAUGUUGACUGAUGGGCCGGAGAAUGGGUUGGGAAAAGUCAGGAUUGGAGUGGAAGACUUGCGAACAAAAAAGUUGGAGGGUGGGAAGGUGGUGGUUGGGUAUACGAUUUCGAGAGAGGAUGUCGGAGGUUGGAUCUUUAAGAGGCUGGUGGUGGGUGAUGAUGGGGACAAGUAUCUGGGGAAGGCGCUGACGGUUACUUAUUAGGGAG